GGUGCGGCGUCGCCGCCGAUGGCGCUGAGGCGGAGCAUGGGGCGGCCGGGGCUCCCGCCGCUACUGCUGGCGGGGCUGGCCUCUCUGCUGCUCCCCGAGUCCGCGGCCGCAGGCCUGAAGCUCAUGGGAGCCCCAGUGAAGAUGACAGUGUCUCAGGGGCAGCCAGUAAAGAUCAACUGUAGCGUGGAGGGAAUGGAGGACCCUGACAUACACUGGAUGAAGGAUGGGACUGUGGUCCAGAAUGCAAGCCAGGUGUCCAUCUCAAUAAGCGACCAGUACUGGAUUGGCUUACUCAGUCUGAAGUCAGUGGAGCGGUCUGAUGCCGGCCUGUACUGGUGCCAGGUGAAGGAUGGGGGAGAAACCAAGACGUCUCAGUCAGUAUGGCUCACUGUGGAAGGUGUGCCAUUCUUUACAGUGGAACCAAAAGAUCUGGCAGUGCCACCCAAUGCCCCUUUCCAACUGUCUUGUGAGGCCGUGGGUCCUCCGGAACCUGUAACCAUUUUCUGGUGGAGAGGACUCACUAAGGUUGGGGGACCCGCCCCCUCUCCCUCUGUUUUAAAUGUGACAGGAGUGACCCAGCGCACAGAGUUUUCUUGUGAACUCACAACAUAAAAGGCUUGGCCACAUUCCCGGCCAGCCAUUAUUCGCCUUCAAUCCCUAUCCACAGCACCGCCUGCAGCUCCCUUCAACAUCACAGUGACGACGAUCUCCAGCCGCAACGCUAGCGUGGCCUGGGUGCCCGGUGCUGAUGGGUUAGCUCUGCUCCAUUCCUGUACCGUGCAGGUGGCACAGGCCCCAGGAGACUGGGAGGUCCUGGCUGUUGUGGUCCCAGUGCCACCCUUUACCUGCCUGCUUCGGGACUUGGCCCCUGCCACCAACUACAGCCUUAGGGUGCGCUGUGCCAAUGCCUUGGGGCCUUCCCCCUAUGCUGACUGGGUGCCCUUUCAGACAAAGGGCCUAGCACCAGCCAGAGCUCCCCAGAAUCUCCAUGCCAUUCGUACUGACUCUGGCCUUAUCCUGGAAUGGGAAGAAGUGAUCCCUGAGGACCCUGGAGAAGGCCCCCUGGGACCUUAUAAACUGUCCUGGGUCCAAGAAAACGGAACUCAGGAUGAGCUGAUGGUGGAAGGGACCAGGUCCAAUCUGACCGGCUGGGAUCCCCAGAAGGACCUGAUUUUGCGUGUGUGUGCCUCCAAUGCAGUUGGCUAUGGGCCCUGGAGUCAGCCACUGGUGGUGUCUUCUCAUGACCAUGCAGGAAGGCAGGGCCCUCCCCACAGCCGCACAUCCUGGGUGCCUGUGGUCCUCGGGGUGCUUACCGCCCUGAUCACUGCUGCUGCCUUGGCCCUCAUCCUGCUUCGAAAGAGGCGAAAGGAAACACGGUUCGGGCAAGCCUUUGACAGUGUCAUGGCCGGAGGGGAACCUGCUGUGCACUUCCGGGCAGCUCGGUCUUUCAAUCGAGAAAGGCCUGAACGCAUUGAGGCCACACUGGACAGCCUGGGCAUCAGCGAUGAAUUGAAGGACAAGCUGGAGGAUGUCCUCAUCCCAGAGCAGCAGUUCACCCUCGGCCGGAUGUUGGGCAAAAGGUGUGGGGAGUUUGGGUCAGUGCGGGAAGCCCAGCUGAAACAGGAAGACGGCUCCUUCGUGAAAGUGGCUGUGAAGAUGCUGAAAGCUGACAUCAUCGCCUCAAGCGACAUAGAAGAGUUCCUCAGAGAAGCAGCUUGCAUGAAGGAGUUUGACCAUCCACACGUGGCCAAGCUUGUUGGGUGAGCCUCCGGAGGCAGGGCUAAAGGUCGCCUCCCCAUUCCCAUGGUCAUCCUGCCCUUCAUGAAGCACGGAGACUUGCAUGCAUUUCUUCUCGCCUCCCGAAUCGGGGAGAACCCUUUUAACCUGCCCCUCCAGACUCUGGUCCGGUUUAUGGUGGACAUUGCCUGUGGCAUGGAGUACCUGAGCUCCCGGAACUUCAUCCACCGAGACCUGGCAGCUCGGAAUUGCAUGCUGGCCGAAGACAUGACAGUGUGUGUGGCUGACUUUGGACUCUCCCGGAAAAUCUACAGUGGGGAUUAUUAUCGUCAGGGCUGUGCCUCCAAAUUGCCUGUCAAGUGGUUGGCCCUGGAGAGCUUGGCUGACAACUUGUAUACCGUACAGAGCGAUGUGUGGGCCUUCGGGGUGACCAUGUGGGAGAUCAUGACUCGUGGGCAGACGCCAUACGCUGGCAUUGAAAAUGCUGAGAUUUACAACUACCUCAUCGGCGGGAACCGCCUGAAACAGCCUCCGGAGUGUAUGGAGGAAGUGUAUGAUCUCAUGUACCAGUGCUGGAGCGCCGACCCAAAGCAGCGCCCAAGCUUCACAUGCCUGCGGAUGGAACUGGAGAACAUUCUGGGCCACCUGUCUGUGUUGUCCACCAGCCAGGACCCCUUGUACAUUAACAUUGAGAGAGCUGAGCAGCCGACUGAGAGAAGCAGCCCUGAGCUGCCCUGUGGAGAACAGUCUAGGAGCGAGGCAGGGGAUGGCAGUGGCAUGGGGGCAGUAGGUGGCAUCCCCAGUGACUGUCGGUACAUCUUCAGCCCUGGAGGGCUGGCUGAGUCACCUGGGCAGUCUGAGCAGCAGCCAGAAAGCCCCCUCAACGAGACCCAGAGGCUGCUGCUACUGCAGCAGCAAGGGCUGCUGCCCCACAGUAGCUGUUAGCCCGCAGGCAGAGGACAGCUGGGGCCAUCCCUCUGGCUCUGCUGGCCACUGUGCUGGCUGACUAAGCCCAGCCUGAUCACAGCCCAGGCAGCAAGGUAUGGAGGCUCCUGUGGUAGCCCUCCCAAGCUGUGCUGGCACCUGGACUGACCAAAUUGCCCAAUCCCAGUUCUUCCUGCAACCACUCUGGCCAGCCUGGCAUCAGUUCAGGCCUUGGCUUAGAGGAGGUGAGCUAGAGCUGGUUGCCUGAAUGUAGGCAGCUGGCAGGGGGUGGGGGUGGCGGCUAUGUUUCCAUGGGUACCAUGGGUGUGGAUGGCAAUAGGGGAGGGUAGCAACAGCCCUGUGGGCCCCUACCCUCCUGCCUGAGCUGCUACUACUUCUAGUGCUCGCUUGGAGCUGCCUGCAGUCUGGAGGCACAUCAGUGCCCACCACACUUAGGCUUAAAUGCCAGGUUUGCCCCUCCAAAUCACAAAGAGAUAUCCUUGUAUUCACUUUUAGGUGGCAGGAAGGGAUUGGCACAUUUGGGUCCCAAAGCCCUGUGGCAGGAGAUGGUGGGAUAUUCUCAGGUCUGAAUCCUCAUCACCUUCCUGAUUCCCCACCCUGCCAAGGCCAGGAACUGACUGGGCACCUCUGAGGCAUGCAGGAGGACAAAAGGCUACAGAGGUCUGUCUUCUAAAGGCAGGACUUUCUGAGUCUGUCUGGGUCUGUCUGGUGGAAGGGUGCUGAGGGGCACUGAGGGGCUUGCCCAGAAGUGAGUGAAGCAGUUCAAGACCCCUCCAAGCUUCCCACGGUCUGUCUGAGCAUGCUACCAAGUCCCCAAAUACCCCCUAAACUAACAGAGGCAGUUCUGUCUAAGCCCAACCCUUCCACAUGGUGACCCUUAGGCCCACCCUCCUCUCUAAGUGGACGUCCUCUUUGUCUCAAGUCUCCAGAGAGAAAACAAGCCUGGUAGCUGAUG